AAAAAAAAAUCAAAGAGUUGGAAGCUUUUCCAUUGGAUUGAAUUGCACCGUGUUUGGGUGCAGUCGUAAUGGUGGUUUAGCGGGUAUGGAUUGGAAGCAGUACCGACUCGGACCCAAGAACAUGGAUUGUGGCUUCCUGCUUUUGCUCCUCUUCUUCCAUCUCUUCCUUCCUCACUCCUCUGGUAAACCCAGUGGAGUGUGUGUUUCUCAAGGAGGUCGUUUUCCUCCCUUCAAAUCCGAAGGUGGUGCUCCCAAAAAUGGUCCUAAAGAUUUGACUCUUUGCCGGAUUUUUCGCAAAAAGACUUGCUGCGAUGUAACCCAUACUCAUCCUGCACUUCUGUCUGUAAGGAAGCUUGCUUCUACUGGGGAAGCUACCCAAGAGUGCUUACACUUAUGGGAACUGUUGGAGUGUUCCAUAUGCGAUCCACGUGUUGGUACUCAGCCUGGACCCCCUCUUAUUUGUGCAUCUUUAUGCGAGAGAAUUUAUGAGGCAUGCUCAAAUGCUUACUUCUCUAUGGAUGUGAAAACACAGAUUCUAGCACCUUGUGGAGUAAAUGACUUUGUAUGUGGUAGGGCUGCUGAAUGGGUCUCCAAUGGUACAGAUCUUUGUCUUGCUGCAGGUUUUCGAGUGAAACCAUCCGAUAUUGUAGAUAUUGCCUCAGAAGAAACUUCUUGCUAUGGCGAUAAAGCAAGUCUAGGUUCUGUUGUCGAUUCAUGGAAGGCUUCACAGUUUGAGUUGACCGAGAAAGGUGAGAGCUUGAGGAUGUUGGAUGAUUUCCAGCAAUGGGCAAGGGAAAUGCCAUUUGGUGAAAGAGUUUCUUGGGCUAUAGGGGGGAUGGUUCUAACAGCAGGCUUGAUGUUUAUAAGCAAAAGGAAAAGCCAUAACCAACGCCAGAAACUAGCAGCUAUAAAGCGAACUGCAAGGAAGCUUGAAAGCAGGAUGAUGGAACAACGGCCUUCUAAUGCUCAAGAAAAUAGAAGAGUUUCUAGAUAAGUGUUACCUUGUAUGUGAUGUUAAGAACAUAAUUAGUUUUACUAAUUUGUAGGUGAAUCUCGAGUUGUACGUACUCUUGCUUUCACGAUCUAUCUUCUUUUUGCCAUAUGAUUUUAGACAAAAGUAUAAGUUGGUUAUAAAGGAGUUUUCCGCA